CCAGAGGCUCGUGACAAGUCACGUGAUUCACCGGAUUUAAACGUCAGACUCGGGAAGGCGAAAGUAGUUUAAGAAAGGUGCACGUGUAGUGUAAUUGUUAUUCGGUACACCGGACAAGCAGACAACAGGAAGUAUGUGGUGUGUGCUGUUGCUGGUGUCUGGGCUGUCAAUCAGCUGGGCCCGGCCCCGCCUACCUCUGCUCUCUCAUGAGAUGGUAAACUACAUCAACGAGGCCAACACUACAUGGAAGGCUGGCCACAACUUUCAUAAUGUGGACUACAGCUACGUCAAGAAGCUGUGUGGCACCCUGCUCAAAGGACCCAAACUCUCCACCAUGGUGCAUUAUACAGGGGACAUGGAGCUGCCUAAAAACUUUGACCCCAGACUGCAGUGGCCCAACUGCCCCACUCUGAAGGAGGUCAGGGACCAGGGCUCCUGUGGCAGCUGCUGGGCGUUUGGUGCUGCGGAGGCCAUCUCAGACCGCGUGUGUAUCCACAGCAAUGCCAAAGUCAGCGUGGAGAUCUCCUCUGAAGACCUGCUCAGCUGUUGUGAAAGUUGUGGCAUGGGAUGUAAUGGUGGUUACCCCUCUGCUGCGUGGGACUUCUGGACUAAAGAGGGGCUGGUCUCUGGAGGACUCUAUGACUCUCACAUUGGUUGCAGGCCCUACUCCAUCGCUCCCUGUGAGCACCAUGUCAACGGCACACGACCCCCCUGUAAAGGAGAGGAGGGUGACACCCCACAAUGUACCAACCAGUGUGAGCCGGGAUACACACCUGGCUACAAGCAGGACAAGCACUUUGGUAAGACACAUGCAUUAUGUAUUACUUUGAAAAUGAGUGAUUUAAUCUGUACUGUUAGUGUAUUCAAGCAAGGCUCUGGCCCAUGGAGAUGCACAUGCCCUAUCUCCUGUCCUCUAGGUAAGCGUUCGUACAGUGUGCCCUCUGACGAGAAGGAGAUCAUGAAGGAGCUCUACAAGAAUGGGCCUGUAGAGGGUGCUUUCACUGUCUAUGAAGACUUCCUGCUCUACAAGUCUGGUGUGUACCGGCAUGUCUCUGGUAGUGCAGUAGGAGGCCAUGCCAUUAAGGUCCUAGGCUGGGGAGAGGAGGGGGGAACUCCUUACUGGCUGGCUGCUAACUCCUGGAACACUGACUGGGGAGAUAAUGGUUUCUUCAAGAUCGUGCGAGGUGAGGACCACUGUGGCAUCGAGUCCGAGAUGGUGGCUGGCAUCCCUUUGUAACCAUGACAAUGUUAACAGGAUGUGAUGAGGUGGCUGCAGAUGCGCCGGUUUCCUGUCCACUAGACGGAGACCCGGCAACUCUGUAGUUCCCAAAUAAUUUGAAAGGAAACUCCACCCUAUCAGAGGGAAAGAUGGAGCUACUACCAUAUUGCUCAUACCUGUCCUAUUCUGAUUUGCUUCAUAUCUGAGUAGUGUGUAAGAGUAGUGGCUAGGGUUCUAUUUGGACCAUUUGUCUAUUUUUAGUUCAAUGUUUCACUUUUUUUGAACUACAGGACAGAACACUACUAAUGUCUGUGGUACAGUGUUACCUAUGGCUCAUGUUACAUGUAUGACCAGCUGUCUCGGGAUGGCUCUGGGUCAUUGUGACACUGGGUGUCUCGUGGCUUCCUCUUGUAUCUGACAACACAGAAUGGGUGAAGGCAAUAUGGAGGAUCCCUGUGACGUAUAUGCUUUCACCUGUCCAGUUGUGUUGUCAGUGCAGGGAGAAUAAUCACUAGACUAUUGAGACCGUCCCCAGUGAGUAUGAUGUUGCCAGUGAUGGCAAGGUCACUAGCUAUGCUAAAAUACUUCUGUCCCAGUAUGCAUUUAUUUAAUUAUGCUUUUAGUGUUAAACCCCUUUUUUUUUUUUUAUAUUUUUCAUUUGACGUGAUCAGUUGUGCACAUUUUGUUAACUUGGAUCAUCAUUGAGAAAUGGAUUUUUUUUUUGUACUGAUGGGUUGUGAUUUGAAUGAUUUUUCUAAUGGUUCUCUCCUUACUCUGAUCAAAAGUGUUCUGAGAUGCUUGUUUGAGUUACAUGAUGAAAUAAAAGUUUACAUGUUUGA